AUGCUGCGAUCAAAUUGGAUUAAAAUACUGAUUGUGGCAGUUGUGGUUGAUGCUGCCCUUAUUCGGGAGCAAAAUCUGCCAGAAAAUGAACUACUUCGCGUGAAACGAGAACCGGCUAAGGGGAAAUUCAGGGGGCAAACACAAUCGCAAUACAUGAACUUUGGUACUGAAGAGGAUGGCAAAGCAGAAGCUGAGGCGACAGUUACGUCAUCACGUGCGGUAGUUUCCGGCAAAAAUGGCAUGGGACAAGCACAGAGUCAGUCGACGGGAUCUGAUUGCGGAUCUGAAUGUUGCGGCGCUGAUUGCGGAAGAAGCAGAGGAGAUGAUUAUUAUGCGGAGAAGCGUCCUGAUCCAUUGAGAAGUCGUUCUGAUGGAGUAAUUGGGCAAGAUUCAAGAUCAAGUUAUCCCGGCGGUGGAUCGUUAGUUACAGGACCUCCUGGAAGAAGAAUUGAAGAUCACGUUAAUGGAAGACCUCCAGUUAAUGUUCCUAUUCAAGGAGGAACAACAGGACUUGUAGAUGCUUAUGGAAGACCAAUUCAAGGAGGUUCGACAGUACCUGUUGAUGCUCAUGGAAGACCAAUUCAAGGAGGUUCGACAGUACCUGUUGAUGCUCAUGGAAGACCAAUUCAAGGAGGUUCGACAGUACCUGUUGAUGCUCAUGGAAGACCAAUUCAAGGAGGUUCGACAGUACCUGUUGAUGCUCAAGGUAGACCAAUUCAAGGAGGAACAACAGGAUUUGUUGAUGCUCAAGGAAGACCAAUUCAAGGAGGUUCGACAGUACCUGUUGAUGCUCAUGGAAGACCAAUUCAAGGAGGUUCGACAGUACCUGUUGACGCUCAUGGAAGACCAAUUCAAGGAGGAACAACAGGAUUUGUUGAUGCUCAAGGAAGACCCAUUCAAGGAGGUUCGACAGUACCUGUUGAUGCUCAUGGAAGACCAAUUCAAGGAGGUUCGACAGUACCUGUUGACGCUCAUGGAAGACCAAUUCAAGGAGGAACAACUGGGCUUGUUGAUGCUCAAGGAAGACCAAUUCAAGGAGGUUCGACAGUACCUGUUGAUGCUCAUGGAAGACCAAUUCAAGGAGGAACAACUGGGCUUGUUGAUGCUCAAGGAAGACCAAUUCAAGGAGGUUCGACAGUACCUGUUGAUGCUCAAGGAAGACCAAUUCAAGGAGGUUCGACAGUACCUGUUGAUGCUCAAGGAAGACCAAUUCAAGGAGGUUCGACAGUACCUGUUGACGCUCAUGGAAGACCAAUUCAAGGAGGUUCGACAGUACCUGUUGACGCUCAUGGAAGACCAAUUCAAGGACAUGGCGGAGAAACUAUUGGAGCUGAUGGAACUCCAAUGCAUGGAGGCGUUGAUGCGCAAGGUCGCCCAAUUGGUCCUCAUUCAACAACAGUUGAUGCUCAUGGUCGUCCUGUUGAUUCACAAGGCAGACCAAUUGCUUCUCAUCAUGAUGGUCGAGGAGAUAUUCCCGGACAUCUUGGAGGAUCUAUAACCGCAGAUUCAUCCCACCGAAUGCCUGAUAGAAACUUAAUUAACGAAUCAGGAUCUCAUCAUAGAAAAUACACUGAAAGAACACAUUUCAUUACAGUUCCCGGCACAAACCAACAUGUUGUAAAUCCAAAUGAAGGUAUGACAGUUCUCAUUGGAACAGGAAAUCCUCGACAAAGUGUUGUUGGUUCUACAGGCCCUGUACAAGUUUAUUCAGGACCUGAUGAUGGAAAAAGUGCUCCUCAUCAAACUGUUCAUGCAAAAGAAGGAGGAUUAACUGUUCUUAUUGGAACAGGAGGACCAACACAAACAGUUGUUCAUGCACCAAGUUCAGGAAUUGGACCUGAUGGAAAACCUUGUGUUCCUGUUCCAGCAUUGCCAGGAGGUGAAUUUAGACAAGUACCAUCAGGACAUCAAGUUGUUGGACCUUCUGUAACACAUCCAUCACAUGUUCCUGGAACACAAACGCACGGUUCGCAAUAUCCUCAAGGUCCAAUUACACAUGCACUUAUCCCCGGACAACAAGGAACAGGAGGUCAAACAUAUGCUCCUGGAAGUCAAGGAUACGCUCCUGGAAGUCAAGUAUACGCUCCCGCAGGUCAAACUACUACAGGAUAUACUCCGGGAAGUCAAACAUAUGCUCCCGGAAGUCAAGUUUAUGCUCCCGGAAGUCAAGGAUACGCUCCUGGUAGUCAAGGAUUCGCUCCUGGCAGUCACGGAUAUGCUCCUGGAAGUCAAACAUAUGCUCCAGGAAGUCAAGGAUACGCUCCCGGAGGUCAAACUACUACAGGAUAUGCUCCGGGAAGUCAAACAUAUGCUCCAGGAAGUCAAGUUUAUGCUCCCGGAAGUCAAGGAUACGCUCCUGGUAGUCAAGGAUACGCUCCAGGAAGUCAAAUUUAUGCUCCCGGAAGUCAAGGAUACGCUCCCGGUAGUCAAGGAUACGCUCCCGGAGGUCAAACUUCUACAGGAUAUGCUCCGGGAAGUCAAACAUAUGCUCCAGGAAGUCAAGUUUAUGCUCCCGGAAGUCAAGGAUACGCUCCCGCAGGAUAUGCUCCAGGAGGUCAAGGUUACGCUCCUGGAAGUCAAGGAUACGCUCCCGGAGGUCAAACUUCUACAGGAUAUGCUCCGGGAAGUCAAGGAUACGCUCCUGGAAGUCAAGGAUUCGCUCCUGGAAGUCAAGGAUACGCUCCUGGAAGUCAAGGAUACGCUCCCGGAGGUCAAACUUCUACAGGAUAUGCUCCGGGAAGUCAAACAUAUGCUCCAGGAGGUCAAACAUAUGCUCCUGGCAGUCAAGGAUACGCUCCUGGAAGUCAAGGAUUCGCUCCUGGAAGUCAAGGAUACGCUCCCGGAGGUCAAACUACUACAGGAUAUGCGCCGGGAAGUCAAGGAUACGCUCCUGGAAGUCAAACAUUUGCUCCAGGAAGUCAAGGAUACGCUCCUGGAAGUCAAGUUUAUGCUCCCGGAAGUCAAGGAUACGCUCCUGGAAGUCAAGGAUACGCUCCUGGAAGUCAAGGAUACGCUCCCGGAGGUCAAACUACUACAGGAUAUGCUCCGGGAAGUCAAGGAUACGCUCCUGGAAGUCAAGUAUACGCUCCCGGAGGUCAAACUACUACAGGAUAUGCUCCGGGAAGUCAAGGAUACGCUCCUGGAAGUCAAGGAUACGCUCCUGGAAGUCAAGGAUACGCUCCCGGAGGUCAAACUUCUACAGGAUAUGCUCCGGGAAGUCAAGGAUAUGCUCCUGGAAGUCAAGGAUACGCUCCUGGAAGUCAAGGAUACGCUCCUGGAAGUCAAGGAUACGCUCCCGGAGGUCAAACUACUACAGGAUACGCUCCUGGCAGUCAAGUAUACGCUCCUGGAAGUCAAGUUUACGGACCCGGAGGUCAAACAGGAUCUCAAGGAAGUUAUGCUCCUGGCAUACCUUCUUAUAGCCAAGUUUUAUUACCAGGACAAGUACAACCUUCUUAUGUUCCGGGACAUGGGCAAGUAAUUCCCCAAACUCAAGGCGGAAGCAUUAUUGCAAGACCUGGCGCUAAAGUUACAGGCGACAAAGAAUUGGCAAGCGGCGAAGUCCCCGAAGAAGAUGACGAUUCAUUCUCGUUAGCUGAAACAUCGAUCAAAGAAGGAGCUGUUUCAGCAGCUGCUCAAGGUCGCAAAAAUGGAGGAACAGCUAAAACAGAAGUUUCUGGUUCGUACAAAGAUGGCGGAAGCUUUAGCGCAAGUGCACAAACAUCUGAUUCGGAUCGAGGAGCACAAGUUCAAGUUCAAGGAGGCAAGGAAGGCGCACAAACAUCUGCUCAAGGCACAGGCGGAGCAGCCCAAUCUCAAUCUCAAUUGUCCGUUAACGCUAAAACUGGAGCAACUUCUGCUACAGCUCAAAGCUCAGGAAUAAAACACGAGAGCGAAUCCGAAGUUGAAGCAAGCGAAAAGGGAGGUUUAGCUGAUGCUCAAGCUGAAGGACCUGGAAGAACUUCAUCACAAGCACAAAUUGGUUUCAAACCUAUUGACGAAAGCGAAGUACAAGACAAUCACAUUUUCAAUGGCGGAGGACAAUCUUCUGCUUCUUCUACAAAAUACUCUGGCCAAUCUCAAUCUCAAAUCAACGGAAAAUUCAAAUUUGGAAUUUCUUACCAUGGAGCUUCUCAGAGUGCAUCAGGAUCAAAAGAUCACGUCGCCAAAUAUCGUGAACAGAACAAAUUAGUCUUCCAAAAGAUCUCAUCUUUGCAACAAGCUACCAAGAAAGCAGAGGCUGAUUCCGAAGCAUCUGGCACAAAACAACGUUCACAACAAACUGCCUCAUUCACGACUAAAAAGCCCGAAGAGUAUUCCGCUGAACCCGAAGAGUACGAUGAAGAAGAAGACGAAGAAGAUUACGAAGAACAAGAAUAUCCCGUGAUGGAACGCGAAGGAGGCCUUCCUCAAGUAAAAUCGAGCACAGUUGACGACAAAGAUGACACCGACGAAAUGGAAUUGCCCGUUUCAACAACAACCACAGCUCGUCCUCGUGUCAACUUCAAAGCUCACACGUUGCCACCCAAAGCGAAAAUCUUCAAUCAAUCCAGUCCGGGACAAAAACAAACUGCUGUCGUCGCCAACCCCGAUGAAAAAUUCAAACUCGUUCAAACACAAAACGGUCGUUCGACAUACCAUCCACGCCAACAAUCCACAACUACGGAAAAAGUUCCCUCGGGCUUCAAGGAAAUCGAAAAGAAGGAAACUCCCAAAGCCUUGUCGCAAAAACAAGAACGCAAAGAAGUUGUAACGACAAAAUUCCUACCCUCAAAGGCAAGCGCCCAAGAAAUCGACAAAACCAAAAUGCCCGAUAGCUUCGUAACUGUCACGAAACAAGUGACUGGCGUGAACGAGGACAAGAAACCCGGCAAAUUGCCCGGCAUUGAAGGAAAGAACUUUGAAUCGACUUAUUACACAAAAUCAUCAACUUGUGGCUACUUUACGUUCACAUGCAACAUCGUUUAUGGCGCCAAUGGCAGAAGUAAGAUUUGUCGACCAAAGCCGCCAACUAACGGAAAGUGCUAAAAACUUACAUUUGGAGCAAAACACUGCCUUAGUUUUUAAAAGUUUUAUUUUUUUUUGUCAUUAAAUUUUAGAGCUUUAUAAAGUUUAGGGUUUUUUUGAGUAAUUUUUCUUUUUUAAUAUUAAUUCUUUCAUAUUUUGUAAUAAUUAAUAAUUAUAUUCAUAG